AUGCGCGGGUUCAUCCCCCUUCUUCUGGCUCUUUCUGCUUCUUAUACCACAGUCCUUGCACUUCCCCAGCCUAGAAUCGUGCACCGCGAUGCUACAGCCAAACCCAAAUACUCAGUCGUUCCUUUAGAACCUGGCGAUGAUGACCCCGCUUCAGGUGAUCUUGGUGGAGGAAAUGGAGAUGGAAGUGGGAAUGGGGGUAGCAGUAAUGGCAGCGGUGGCGGUAGUAGUGACAACAACGGAGAUGGCGUCGUGACAGUUAUCCGAACAGUGACACGAAAGCCAGUCACAAAAAUUGUCACGCAAACCGAAAAGCCCAGUAUCGUCACUGCUCCCGGAAAGACUGUCACCAAGGCAGUCCCUACUACCGUCUCGGUCAUCAACAUGGACGAUGAGCCAGUUACGGAGACGGUCACUGUCCCUCGCCCCAGCUCAAAGCCGACAACCACACGGGAGCCCGGUACUACUACCGAGGAGCGAGAGCCGGUUGCCCAAAGUACAACUGAUCUGAGCUCGGCUGCCGCGCCAGGCGUCACAUCUCAACCCAGUCCUCAGCCUCAGCCCAUACCCCAACCUGAGCCUGAGCCUGAGCCCGAAUCACCUACCAACAUUGAGCCGCCUCAGACUACUGAAACAUCAUCAACCACCUGUAUCACUGAUUAUCCUUCGCCCGUUGAGACAGUUGCUCAGCCUCCUCCUACUAUCGAAAGCCCAGCCUCGGUUUGGAAACCAACUACCCUCCUCACCCAGACAAGCGAGAGUGCUGGAGCUCCAGAACAAACUGAACGCCCUGCACCGGACGCUCCAGUGGUGCCUAUUACUUCACAGGGUACCUUUGUUGAAAGCGAUGCGACUCAGGAUCAAUCCUGGUCUACUGCCGCCGUACCUUAUGACCCCCCUGUAGCGCCAACAACUUUGAUCACUUUGACUACCACUACCACUUCAAUCCCCGAAACCAGCACCCCUGAGUCAAGCUCAGCCUCAAAGACACACGAUAAUGGUGCAUGGCACACCUACUACCCCGCCUGGAAUGAAACAGCAUUGGCGAUCUGA